CGCCCACUCCGGCUGAGUAACUGUAGUCCGCACUCCGGAGCCAGGCUGCAGUGAGCGAGCUCCGUGUUAGCGCUCUCCAUCCCCGGCCCCCGAUACUGACCCACUCCGUGCAUGGUGACCGAUCUCCUCUUACCCACACACUGACCAUGGAGGGAGCCCGAGCCGGCGGCGAGGCGGGGGAUAGCCCGGUGAGUGCUGCCUAUUGUUAUAAUCAUUGUCUGUGGGGCGCCAGCAGGAUCCGCAGCGCAGUACAAAGGGAUCGCCUCGCACACUGCGGGGAUUAAUGAAGGCUGGCCUCUGUGGGGCUCUUACCUCCAGUCUGACACACUGCCAGGGCCGGCUGUGCACCAUGGGAGUCUUAGUCCAUGAUGGCUGUGCACCAUGGGAGUCUUAGUCCAUGAUGGCUGUGCACCAUGGGAGUCUUAGUCCAUGAUGGCUGUGCACCAUGGGAGUCUUAGUCCAUGAUGGCUGUGCACCAUGGGAGUCUUAGUCCAUGAUGGCUGUGCACCAUGGGAGUCUUAGUCCAUGAUGGCUGUGCACCAUGGGAGUCUUAGUCCAUGAUGGCUGUCCAUGAUGGCUGUGCACCAUGUCUUAGUCCAUGAGUGGGAGUCUUAGUCCAUGAUGGCUGUGCACCAUGGGAGUCUUAGUCCAUGAUGGCUGUGCACCAUGGGAGUCUUAGUCCAUGAUGGCUGUGCACCAUGGGAGUCUUAGUCCAUGAUGGCUGUGCACCAUGGGAGUCUUAGUCCAUGAUGGCUGUGCACCAUGGGAGUCUUAGUCCAUGAUGGCUGUGCACCAUGGGAGUCUUAGUCCAUGAUGGCUGUGACAGUGCCUAGACUGGCUUUAUAUAAUUAUAAUACCUAGACUGUGUAUUAAAACUAUUAUAACCUGUGAGUGUAUUAUAACGUGUGUAUUAUAACCUGUGAGUGUAUUAUAACGUGUGUAUUAUAACCUGUGAGUGUAUUAUAACGUGUGUAACUGUAUUAUAAUCUGUGUGUAUUAUAAUUGUAUUAUAAUCUGUGUGUAUUAUAAUUGUAUUAUAAUCUGUGUGUAUUAUAAUUGUAUUAUAAUCUGUGUAUUAUUAUAACCUGUUCCUCCCAGCACUGUUUAUCUCCUCUAUUACAGUGAUUUCAGCCAAUGUAAGCUGCAUUGUUGGCCAUAACUCUGACAUCCACAUGUAGUAAUUAAACUCUCCCCAUGCUCAGUAUUGGGAGCAUGCUGUCACAGGGCUGCUAUGGGUUCACUUUGCUGUAACCUGUAGUAAUAAUUAUUUUACCAUUAACAGGUACUUUUUGUUCCUGUGUAUCACAAACUUUUUUUUUUUUUAACUAGUCUAACACAUGUAUUGGAAUAUCUUUGUGCAUUAAAAACAUCAUUAAUUUACACAGUAUAUUACUAUGUGUUUUGAAAGAUGCUACCCAACAAGGUGUUUUUUAAUUUGUUGCCAGGUCUUUAUCUGCUUUAUGAUUGUAAGUUUAUCUGUUGUAGAAGGAGUGGUCAUUUGCACUGCAGUACUUUCAAGGGCGGCUCCUGCUGCUGGAUACUUGCUGCAUCCCUUGUGUGAGCUUUAUGGGCUGAUUGAUUGUGGCCAGUCUUAACUUACAAGCUUAUAUUUCAGUCUAUUGUCCAGAUCAUGUUUACAGGUAGCAUAGAGCAAUAUUUCAUUUCCUAAUAUUCUGACAUAAUGUCUUACCUGUAACCCGAAUACAUUUGCCAGAUGGAUAAAAAAUAAAAAAAUGUUGGUGAACAAACUGGUAAUUGGAAUUUGGAUUUAACUGGCUGUACUCUUCAAUACUGCGUGUGAGCAUCUCAUUUUAAAAUCUAUAAUAGUGGGUUCUGUUCUACUUUAUUUGCUUACAUUUUCUUUUAUUUUGCAUACUGUUGUAGUUCUGCCCAACAAUGCGAGUGGACCUUUCUGACAUUAAGGAGCAGCUGUAACUUCCACGAUUUGUAGUGUUUUCUUAUACUUGCAUUUAACAAAUAUAAGGCGUGAAUAAAGCAAAAUGUAGACAUCCACACCCUUGGAACUUGACAGUCCGCAUAGAGAAAGCAUCCAGAUAAGAGGAGAUAUUAAAUGUGUGCUUCUCCUCUUCACGUGCAAUGGUUUCUUUGUAUAGACUGGAUUAUGUUGUACGGUAAUUUGCUAAAUCUUUAAAGGAACACUUUAACACAAGCAGCGCCAACAACGAUGAACACCAGAGAGCUGGAAGCAAGGCCUUGGCUGCGAGCGAUAAGCUGAUGGUCUCAGCCAAUGAGCUAAUCCUGAAUUGCAGGACUUGGCUCACAUGAGCUAAUGGAAGCUCUUGUGUGCGACUUUAUGUUCUCUGGCGUUAGUGGAGGUGGGGUUCUGUGCCUGGUGGACCCAAGGUAGAAAGUCAGAUUGUUCAAAAAGGGAGGGAGCCUGGACACUUCUUGCACCAUAAACGCUAUACCAAGCUGUUGUACUUGGGGUUCUUGGAGUGUACAUUUAAAACAAAUUUAAAAGUAAUUUGUGAAAAUAAGGUUAAAAAGACACUAAAGUCACUAGAACUACCACUUAAUGUAGUGAUUCUGGUGUCUACCCCCUGUAGCUGCUGGCAUUGUAAUGUAAACACUUUUACAUUUCUGCCUAGGGACACUUGCAGGUGCAGUCACUCAGACGACCACUAGAGGUGCUUGUGAGGCUGAAUGUUCCUCAUAGAGAUGCAUUGAUUUAAAUGCAUCUCGAUAAGGAGAUGCUGGUUGACGCAGGGUUCGGUUUUUCCACGCAUAUGCAAUAGCCUCCCAAUGCUUCCCUAUGGGAAAUCAUUGGAUUGACUGAGAUCAUCAGUGUUGAUGAUCUCAUCCAAGGUGGCGAUGCAUGGGCGGAGCCAGCUACGACAAGACCCGAGUGAUGCUGGAAAAAGGUGAGUAACUUUUUGCAAGGUGACGACACAUAAAUGGUGUUUUCACACCUAUAGUGUCAGGAAUACCAAUUUGUAUUCAUGACACUAUAGGGUUCCUUUUUAACAAGAUUUUUUUGUAUUUUUUUACAUCUUGUUCAAUAAUGUACAUUCCCGAGAAGUGACAGUCCACGUUUAAGACGUGUGAAAAGUUCAUUGUAAUGUUUUAGGACGGUUUAAUAUAUUAGUAAUGCAGGUGGCAAAUGGAUUUUUGUGUCCUGGUUACCAGAAUAUGCAUUGUGUAAAUGAGAUUCUUGAAGUCUCUUCCUGCUCCUUUUUUUUUUUUUUUUUCUGUGUGUGUUGCUAAAUCUUUAUAAUUCCUGCAAAUCCUCACUUCUGGAAUCUCUACAUGGAAAAUGUAUUGCCAAUAUUUUUCUACCGAUUAUUACUCAACCUCCUCCUUUUAUCCCUGUCACGCUUUAUGCAACUGUUUCUUAGGUGCAUUUUUGACAAUAUUACUAGACAGCUAAGACACUUGCAGUCAGUAGCCAACAAAGAAGGGGUGCAGUGUUUAGGUUAUGGAUACCAAGGAAGGACUGCUUUAAUAUUGUCUUAUAGUUGGCAUGACCGAGAUGAACAUGCAGCUUUGUUAGAACUUAUCUGCUGAAAAUUAUAUAAAGGUUGCACGACUCUGCAAAUGUUUCACUGAGAGCUUGCAAAAUUGGGGAUUUUUUUUUUUGUUAAUUUGUGGUAGAUUAAGUACUACUGUUUAUAGAACAGAAUUUGUAGGCUAUUAAAACACAAUCUGCGUAUCACACCUGCUACAGCGACAAAAUCAUUUGCAUAGUUGUCAGUAUGUUCUUGUGGACAGAGCUAACACACAUUGCACUUCUAUUAGCGAAGUGUUUUUUUUUUUUUUUUUUUUUAAUGUUUAUUAAUAAUGCAAUUGGACUUGGAAUGACAUAAAGGUGGUGAUACUCAAGAAUUUACCUGAUCAGGAAGAAGUCCUCUUGUAGUUUACACCCUUUCAGUACCUCAGUGAGCAGCUGGUAUUUUAAGGGGGAACUAUCACUACUCAAGGCUCUUAGUAUUCUGUUUACGUAACCCUAUAUUUAAAGGGACACUAUAUAGUCACCAGAACAACUACAGCUUAUUGAAUUUGUUCUGGUGUGUAGAAUCAUUACCUUCAGGCUUUUUACUGUAAACACUGUCUCGUCAGAGAAAAAGCAGUGUUUACAUUACAGCCUAGUGAUAACUUCACUGGCCACUCGUCAGAUGGCUGUUAGAGAUCCUUCCUGGGUCAUGGCUGCCUAAAAUGCAUCCAAACAUUCAGUGUCUCCUCCCUCUGCAUGCAGACACUGAACUUUCCUCAGAGAUUCAUUGAUUCAAUUCAUCUCUAUGAGGAGAUGCUGCUUGGCCAGGGCUGUGUUUGACUUGUGCUGGCUCUGCCCCUGAGCUGCCUCCUUGAGUCUCAGCCAAUCCUAUGGGGAAGCACUGUGAUUGGAUCAUGCUACCACUUCUAAUGUCAGCAGUCUGCUUGUUUUUCUGAGUUUAACAGCAUGCAGAGUUACAGCUUCUGGCUUGAAUACAGUAAGAUGUUGCUCUAUUUAUGGAGGCAUGAGGGGCCCAGGGGGGCUAGAUGGUGAUUUUAACACUAUAUAUAGGGUCAGGAAUACAUGUUUGUGUUCCUGAUCCUAUAGUGAUCCUUUAACAAAGAUGUAUUUGUGAUGUGUGCAAAAAAAAAAAAAAAAUUGACCGUAGGAGUCCAUAUCUCUUCAUCCUGCAACUGAGUGUUUCCAUCUUAACUCCCAGUAGGUUAAUGUUAGAAGCUCUGUCCAGUCAAUCAUUUAGUGGGGCAGCUUAAAAUGAGAUGAGAGAACCCCCAAAACCUGGUAAUAAUAAAUUAUCAGUUUGGAGCACCUCCUCGAUCAACAGUCCCCAUUGAUGUUGGUGAGAACAAUGCCAGCAGAGUCCCCAAUUGCAGUGUAGGUCAAUAAAGGUAUAUACCAAAUCAGUCCGGUCUCACUGGCGCUAAAGUUGCAAGGGGUAGAUGUCUGUAAAUCCCAACCACACAGAAAGGGGCUGACAUACAUUUAAAAAAAAAAAAAAAAAAGGUGAAAUGCAAAUCAUUCAACAAAGAAUUGUUGAAUCACAAUAUAUGAAUUUGCAAUCUUGUGGUGGAAUUAUAGUCUUUGUUUUGAGAUUAAUAUACUACUCAUUCAUAUAAACAUAAUACCCUGUAUUAAAAUAGAGGACCAAUUGUUGAAGGUAAAUUUUGUAGAGGUUUUAUUUUUAAUAGUCUUUAAUAUUUCCAGUGCCCUCUGAGAAUUCAUUUUUAAAUGUAUUUUAUGUGAUUUGGAUGAGUCUCAUUAUCGAACAGAAAGGUACUAGGUUGCAACGUGCUCCCUGCAUAUGUGUAAAUUUCUAAGUCCUCAGAGAUUGCCAGCAAGUGUUGAAUGUUCGCUAAUGCAUUCAUUGCGCCACGCAUGUGACAUUUUAAAUGCUUGUUCUUUGUGUUUUGACAUUGUUAAACAUGGCAUCUUUUCAAGAUGGAAUAUAAUGCAGAGGUCUUAUUGAUAUUAAACGAACAUUCCGAGCACCAUAACAUGCAUGCUGUAGUGGUUAUGGUGCCAGGAUUGCCCGGGCUUCCUCUCAAAGAAUCAAAUGCUUCUCUAUAAGAAGCAUUGAGCAUCAUCUUUCUGUUUUUGAUGAUGAUCAAAAGACUUGCAGAGGACAUGCCUCAUGUGGUUGUCUGACAGCUACUGGAGGCAUGUUUUAGGCAAAAUGUAAACAUUACUCCUCCUCUCAAUCUGCAUCAUUUUACAUUGCCAAUCAAAAGGGGAAUCCUCUUUGCACCAAAAUAAUUACAUUAAAAUGGCUUUGAUGCUUAAAAUACUGGUUUUGGUUGUAGUAACACUUUCUGUGGUGGUCUACCCCUCUCAGCCCCUCCCAACAAAAAGACUUGAGUGGUGGACAGGGAUGGUACAGAGGGGCGUGACACAUAAUUUAUAAUAGCCAGCCUGGAACCUUGUUCAGAACUAGCUAAUGGCGCUGCCAUAGAUGGAGUUAGACCUCCUCUGGCAGAUAUGGUGGUAAUCUAGUGGUUUCCAAACCAGUCCUGAAGGCACGCCUACCAGUCCAGGAUUUAGAUGUUACCCAGUUGUUUCAAGGUGGGGUUUGUUAUUUUAUUUUUUUAAUCUUUCUUCUAAAAAUGCCUUCGACACAACUGGUUAAUCCCUAAAUCCUGGACUGGUCGCCGUGCCUGGAGGUCUGGUUUAGAAACUGUGUUAAUCUCUAUAUGUGCAGUGUUUAUAGCGACAUGCUGCACAUACAGAGUUCAGUGAUUUUCAAGUGUUCUUGGUGCUUGUAGUAAUCCUUUUAUUGUCCUUUCUAGUACAGUGGAUGAAGGCAACUGGAUUAAUCUGUCAAACGUGGGUUUGAGUAGACAAAUUUUGGUGAACCUUCCAGCCUCCCAUGCGUCCUCUGAAUCUGUUGGUUAAAGUUUAGGGAAUGGCUGCCCAUUGUUUGCAACACAGAACAGCGUGGUAUUGCUAAAUAGGAGCUAACUGGUCAUUGUCAUUGUAUGUAGACUUUUAAAACUGUUCUAGUAUAUGCACUCCUACACUUGUCAACUUAUUUAGUUGACAAACCUUCACAGUGCUGAGAAGAGGAAACAGAGUAUUGUCUGACGUAGCCACAUGCAAAUUGCUGUGUAUUGUUGUAGUUUUCUGUAGUUGGGGCCUGCUUGGCCUUACAGGAAACCGGUAACGUUUUAAAUUUGCAUGCUAUGAAUAGUGGACACGUGAGGCAGUACUCUUAUUACACUCUUUUUAUCCAUUUAGUAGAAUCUCUCAAACAUACUAGGUUUUUGUCACAACUUGUGACUACUUAGUUGCCUUUAGUUUGACUACUCUGGCCUUAAAUUUGAAAUUCUUUCAAAUCACUUUCAAUGCUCACUUUAGUGAAUAACCCUGAUAGACUUGACUUUUUAAUAAUGAUAAUUUAAAUAAUAUGCAUUCAAUUUUAGUUAAUGUGACCAGAAUCCAUCUGAUAGUACUUUAUGUAGUGGUAAACAUACAUAAAGUGUGUUUUUUUUAAAUUUUUUAUUAAUGAGGUAGAUGAGCAUUAUUACCAGUUGCACACUAGAGGCCCGUUGAACACCAUCUCCAACUAAAGAGCUACUCACAGCUUCUAUGUCAUAAUUGCAACCAAUUCUGUGGAGUAAAUCUGGAAACCAGCUCUAGCUAAAACCAUGUAUUGAAGUAACCACAAAAACCACGCUCCCUUCUGGUGAAGGAAUAAACCACACUCCUCUAAUUCUCAGUGCUACACAUGCUACAAGACAUGGUCUCUAUAUUUUAAAGGGACGUUCUAUGUGUGAAAUACAACAUUUAAUGUGGUGGAUCUGAUGUAUGGAUGCUGUCCCCUUUUCUCUGGAAAUGUGAAACACUUAUGUGUGAAAUAACAAUGUUUACAUUUUGCUUAGGACACUCUUCUAGUGCAUGUAAGACAGACAUCUCUUUGCAGCCCUUCCACUUAAAAGGUUUACCUAACCACCAUGACCACUUCAGGGGUUAAUAGUAUAAAAACUUAAAAAGUUGCUUGAAACACUGCACAUACAGAUAUAUUUACACGUGUUUGCAAUGGGCUAGUUGCACCCCCAGCACAGGUGACAUUGGCAGCCUGAAAAAUAGUACUGUACUGAGUUGCCAAUGUCAAUUCUGUGAUUUAAAUAAAUCUGUCAUCAAGACGCACUGCACUUUGACGACAGAUGUGCAAGCAGAGCACUUGCAAAAGUAAACUAACUCUCCCCACCCACUCUGUGUGAAUCCUGGGAAUACAUUAAGAUAACAUGACCAUAUUAAUUUCUCCAAAUUCUUAAAUGUUAUUCAUAUUAAAUAGUUUAAUAUAUGAAUAUUUGAUGUGUGGUGAAAACCUUAAUUCUCUUGAAUAAGAUGAUCUAUUCUAAGCGUGGGUGCACUUAAAAUGAAAGAGGCUAAAAAAAUGGCUGAACAAAUUACAGGUUUUGUUUUGAUUAGAAUUUAUAAAAUUUCCUCCCUCUUUAUGGGGUUAAUAAAACAAUUAAAUAAUCCUGGACAUAAGAUAAGGUCUAAAACAGUCUACAGAUAUAAAUCAGGAAGAUGUUGCUGUUAACCACAGCUUCUGGGAGAUUAACGAGUAGCACACUCCCCUUGUGGGUGGUCCGGCUGUUUGACAAUUUGAAGUCCCACUUCGGAAGUUCGAAGUGCUAACUCCAAAUGCCAAAGAGGGCAUAAACAGUGUCCCUGAACACAAUACAUCCCAGGGCCAUAGUCACAGGGUAGGAAGCUGGCAAACAGGCCCCUCCAAAAGUCAGUGGCGAAGUUACGUUCGUCACAGCAAUGUUUGCAUGAAAAUGCCUGAAGGCAAUGGUUAUACUCAACAGAACAAAUAAAUUAAGCUGUAGUUGUUCUGGUGACUAUAGUGUCCAUUUUAAUGCCUCUUUUUUUUUUUUUUUUAUAGGAGCUUAAUAUUGUUGGUGUGCACAACAGCAAUAACUCACACAUUACUGUGUCUGUAAACUAUAAUAAAUGUGUUUAGAAAUUAAUCUCUGCAUAAAUAAUUUGUAAGCCACCUUAAAUUUCUUAGGAUAGCCCUGGCCCUGGCCACACCCCCUGAAAUUACAUUAUUCCUCAUUGUCCAUUUGAAAGAUUAGGAGGUAUGCAGUCGUUAGUGUAUGUACAAUGUAUGUCAGAUUGUGUGUGAUUUAUGGGAUAUUGUAUAUGAUAGAUGCCCCCUACAGAUUAUACACACGGUGGAUAUUAUUGAUGAACAGGGGCCACGGCCCUUUGACAGCUUGACUGAGCCCCGAUGAUAACUGCCUGCUGAGAGGAAGAGACAGCGCGCAUGGUGUGAUUGUGCAGUUACUGGUGAAGCCACCUCCAUGAAAUGAGUCUUUGAAUGUUGGGAUGUCUAAGAUUUUGGAUUUUCUCAUGGCCUUAAUAGACCAGACCUAUGCUGUCUAGAUUGCUGGACUUGUGCUAUGAAGCUUUGGAAAGCCAAUUAAAGUAACUCAGCUCCUUGACAUUUUCUUAACCCAGUAUAUUUCAGUGAAUUUUUUAUUUUUGUAUCCCUAGGGUGACAUUGCCUCUUGUGUUUUUCCCACAGCAGCACAGAACGUGCAGACAAAACUCCCUUUCCAAGUGAUUAAUUGCAGUCUAGAGCUUUCUCCUAAUUUAUUCACCCAGUUGCUAAUUCAUUCUUAUCAGUGCAUCUGUGUAAUUGAAGGGGACAGCUACACCCUCUUGCAGCCACUGGGGAUAUCAGAUCUAGUCCAUAGGGGCAAGCUUUAGAGCAUGUAUUUCAGAAUUUGAUUGUCACAGCCUUGUAGCACUUGGUAUGAAUGUAAAAACAGAAAUCAAACCGUUCCUAUUGUACAUAAGAUAUUAGUGAAUAAAAAUCUAACAUUGUUUAUGAAUCUGCGAAAACACAUUGGUUUGGCUCAUUGUAUUUGUUGUGAGCAUAUAUUGAACGGGAAGCUUGCAAGCUAUGAUUCUUAGAUUUCAUGCAAAAAUAAUAAAAAAAAAAUAAAAAAAAUUUGAGACAUUAUGCUGUUUUAAGUUGCUGCUAUAAAAGAAAGUGCAACUGCGGAUUCCAACCCAGUCCUCAAGGCACAAAAACCGGUUUAUCUACUAAAGUGAGAAUUAAAAGUGAAUUUCAAACUUAAAGGACCAGUUUGGGCAUCAUCAAAAAGAAAACUAUUAUGCCAGGAGGUCACUGGCUCACCUCAAAGGGACACUCCAGUUUUUCCUGGCACUGCAGGUCCCCUCUCCCUCCCACCACCCAUCCCAUGUUGCUGAAUGGGUGAAAACCCCUUCAGUGACUUACCUGAGACCCCCGCCGAUGUCCCUCGGCGGUGGUUUUGGGUCCGCCCACGCUCCUCCCCCCCGCCGACGUCAUCCGGCGGGGGGAGACCGAUCGCGCAUUCGCGGCCGCCGGCGGGGGAGAUGUAAUGCGCAAGCGUGGCAAUUUCCUAUGGGGAAUUGAGCGACGCUGGAGGUCCUCACGUAGCGUGAGGACAUCCAGCGACGCUCUAAAACAGAAAACCUGUGCUAGAAACCAGGAAGUGCCCUCUAGUGGCAGUUAACCCUGCAAUGUAAUUA